AUGUCAGAAGACACAAUUAUGUCUAUGAAUGAUCAGAAAAUUAAAAUUGAACCACCAGAAUAUUCAGAAGAAGAUAUUAAAUGCGAAAUUGAGGAUCAAUUUGAUAUUCUUGAUGAUAUUGUUAAAUCUGAAUCGUGCCCUGAAGACCAUGAAACAUGUUUAGAAAGAUUCAUGAAUUCCGAAGUGACUAUAGAAGAAGAAGUCAAACAGGAGCCAAUCGAGACAUGUGAUAAUACUGGAUUAUUUGCAGAACCUGAUCAAUUAAAAGAGCAUAUGGUCAGUCACAUGCCUAGUCAAAGCAAAGAACGUCCUUUCGAAUGCGAAAUCUGUCAUAAAACUUUCAAACUAACAAAACAGUUGAAAGCACACAUGAUUGCACAUUCUGAAGAACGACCCUUUAAAUGUGAUGUCUGCCAUAAGACUUACAAACAAUUAGGUCAUCUAAAAAAUCACAUGCUGUUGCAUGAAGGACUAUCUCUUCAUGAAUGCAAUAUAUGCAAUAAGCCGUUCACGCAAUUAAGUAAACUGAAAAGGCACAUGCUCAUUCACAGUGGAGUACGCCCGCAUGAGUGCAAUAUAUGCAAUAAAAAACAUUCAUGGAAUUAA